GUAGGCUAGCAGCUUACGAUUCAGUUAGCAAAUGAAGUGGUACUAUCUCAUACGAUGCUUAUAACAGUCAUGCUGUAAAGAGAAUGAUAUAUGUCCAACCUGGUUUCAUCUAUCUCCUAACUCGUCUGAUUGUGAAUGUGGGAGCAGUCUCAAAGGAGCAAUUGAAUGCAACAACGCCACAAAGGAGCAGAGUGGAGUUGGCUCAUAGGAUGUGGCUCUCACUCUUUCAUCGAUCACCAAACAAUGGAGUCUCAUUCAGCGACAUACCACACAGACUG